AUGGACUCCAAGACUGACGAGAAGGUCGCCAUUGAGCAUGGGGAUGAUCGUCAUGAUGCACAGGUAGCUGUUCAGCUUGCUCAUGACACAAGCAAGAAACUGUCGCCUUGGACGAAGCCUAUGUUUCGUCUGUAUCUGGUUUUGGCAUGCGCGUAUCUUUGUGGAUGCUUGAACGGUUACGAUGGAUCGCUUCUAGGUGGAAUCAACGGUAUGAAGAGAUACCAAAAAUACUUCAACAUGAAUGGUGAGGGCUCCUCCACCGGUAUCGUCUUCGCCAUGUACAACAUCGGUUCCAUCGCUGCCGUCUUUUUCACCGCCCCCGUCAACGAUUGGUUCGGCCGACGCUGGGGAAUGUUCACCGGCGCAUUCGUCGUUAUCGUCGGCACCUGUAUCCAAGCAACUUCCACCGGCCGCGGUCAAUUCCUCGCUGGUCGUUUCGUCCUGGGCUUUGGUGUCAGCUUCUGCUGUGUUUCUGCUCCCUGCUACGUCAGCGAGAUGGCCCAUCCCCAAUGGCGAGGCACUUUGACUGGUCUGUACAACUGUACUUGGUACAUCGGCAGUAUCAUCGCCAGUUGGGUUGUAUACGGAUGCAGUUACAUCGAGCACGACACUGCUUGGAGAAUUCCUAUCUGGUGCCAGAUGAUUACCUCUGGCGUUGUGGUCGUUUCCGUUCUUUGGCUUCCCGAGUCCCCUCGAUGGCUCAUGGCCCAAGACCGCGUCGAGGAUGCAGUCGCAGUCCUCGCCAAAUACCACGGAGAGGGCGAUGCGAACCACCCCAUGGUUGUUCUCCAGAUCAAGGAGAUGUCCAACCAGAUCGCGUCUGAUGCAACUGACAAGUCCUGGUGGGACUACCGUGGUCUCUGGAACACCCAUAGCGCCCGACGCAGACUUAUCGGUGUUCUGGGUAUGGCUGUCUUUGGACAAAUUAGUGGAAACAGUUUGAGCUCGUACUAUCUCCCCACCAUGUUGAAGAAGGCCGGCAUCGAUGAUGAGAAGAAGGUCUUGGCUCUCAACGGCGUCAACCCAGUUCUGUGCUUGUUUGGUGCCGUUCUCGGUGCUCGUCUUACCGAUGUUGUCGGCCGUCGACCCCUUCUGAUCUACUCCAUCAUCUUCUGCUCAGGCUGUUUCGCUGUCAUUACUGGUACCAGCAAACUCGCCAUCGAAGACCCCAACAAUGGCAAUGCCCCGAAUGCUACCAUCGCCAUGAUCUUUAUCUUCGGAAUCGUCUUCUCCUUUGGUUGGACCCCUCUCCAAUCCGCCUACAUUGCCGAGUGUCUGUCGACCGACAUCCGAGCCAAGGGCACUGCGGUGGGCAACCUCGCCAGUUCAAUCGCUUCGACCAUCAUCCAGUACAGCAGUGGUCCUGCUUUCGAGAACAUCGACUACUACUUCUACCUUGUGUUUGUCUUUUGGGACCUGUUUGAGGCUGUCUUUAUCUACUUCUUCUUCCCUGAGACCAAGGAUCGUACCCUGGAGGAAUUGUCUGAGGUGUUUGAGGCCCCUAACCCGGUCAAGAAGAGUCUACAGAAGAGAGAUGCGCAGACUGUUAUGAACACGAUGAAUGUGAAGGAAGAUGACAAGCUUGCCGGAGAGGUUUAG